UAUAUCUAUAUCUAUAUCUAUCUAUAGAAAAUAUAUAUGGAGCUAUUUCAAGAAUUAAUAUUUACAAUAUCUAUAUCUCUGAUAGUUUCUUUAUUAAUUGCUAAGUUAUUUUCAAUUGCAUCAAGUUUAGAUGUUGAAGAAAAAAAGAUUGAUAAAGAAUGGAUUGUGGUGUCUGAAAAAGAUGAAAAGUUCAACAAAGAUGAUUGCUUUAUAGUUGAAGAUCAAGUUAGUGUUAGUAAAGAUGAUGUUUUUGGAUAUGAGGAAGCUGAAUUAGGAGCUGGGGUUGUGAUAAAUGACCCGAAAAGUGUCGGUGGAGACGAUGCGUGUAAGGUGUUUGAUGAAAUGCCUGAGAGAAUGGAAAAUGAUGAAUUUGAUGUGGGGUUGGUGGAAAAUGAUGAGAGUGAUCUGGGUUGUGUGAUUCAGGAAGAUUGUGAUCAGGGUUUUGAAGUUGAGAAGGAAAUUGUCGGGGGUAAUGAUGUUGGUGAAGUGAAAGUUGAGCAGGUUUUUGAUGAUGAUGAUUGGCAGGGGAUUGAGACGACCGAAUUGGAGAAGAGGUUUGGUGCGGCUAUGGCGUUUAUGGGGUCGAAAAGUAGUGAUUUGAUUGAUAAUGAAGUAAAGGUUGAGUUGUAUGGGCUGCAUAGGGUUGCCAUUGAAGGAUCUUGCUAUGAACCACAACCCAUGGCUCUUAAGGUUUCUGCCCGGGCUAAUUGGAAUUCAUGGAAACGUUUAGAAAACUUAGGACGAGAGGAAGCAAUGGAACAAUAUAUUGCUCUUCUUUCUCAACAUGUUCCUGAUUGGAUGGGAAGUCAUGCUUCUGACAAACAAUGACACUUGAAGUUGUUCCUGGGUUGAUUUGGGCUCCUUGGCAGUAUCUCUCACAUUAUUGGGUCUAACUAGGAACUGCAGCAUUUGUUGUCUCCUUGAUGAGUUAGGCUAUUUCAUCGACAGACAGUCGGGCAUAUUAGUAAAUAACAACGACGUCUUUUGUAAAUGUAAAACAUGUUAAUCGUUUGUUAUGGCUAGCAUUUUGGAGAAAAGUGCUGGAAAUCUCUUCUUUUUUUGUAUCUAAUUAACAUUGGUGUAAGUAUGAUUGCUGUUGGUAUGUUCCUCGUGUUGAAUAGAAAAGUCCUUUUGCA